AUUGAUUAUGAAUUGAAUUUUUUUUGCUUUGAAAUGUUACCGAAUUAAGAGGUGUAAAUUUGUACGAGGAGGAAAUAGGGAAUGCGACAAGAAGUUGCGUACCUCCUAGAAUCUUCUGGCGUUUCAUCAUCAUCCCUCUUCUCUUUUUCUCUUCGAUUCUCUCCACUUUAAGUUUGCCGAUGCAUUACGCCAUGAACGGUGAUCCCGAGGCGGAGAUGAUGGAGACCGACUCCGGUGAGACCUUCGUUAUCGACAAGCACACCGGCACGGCCAGGGAUUUCCUCUCCGCCGCUCGGAGGCUCGUCGAUCAAGGCGAGCCUUCACAAGCUCUUCAAGCGGUAGUGAUGGCGAUGAGAACCCAAGGAGGAGAUGAGGCGGUACUUCAGAUACUGAACCGUACCCGUGAGCUUUACAAGCGUAGAAUCCAAGAAACAGCUAGUAUAGAUCAGCUGGCUUCUAUAUUUGCAGAGUGUGCCAUUACAGAAGCACAGCCUCUUGGUCACGAGCCAGCAUCAACAGACUUGUUUGGUACCAAAGGAACAGUUGCAGCGGAUGCUCGUGGCAUAUCUAUUCUGGAAAAAAGCGGGAGGUCACAGAUCAUGCUCGAUGCCUUUGCUGACGGAAGCAGCUUUAUCUGUCUACAAUGCGGUGGUCUGGUAAGCAUCCAUAGGAGAGAUGAACAUUACGCCUACUGGUGUAGCAAUAUGUGAUACAAAGGAUACUAUUUUGUUGGCCACGACAUGAGAAACAUCUGCUGUAGUAUUUGAGUGUUAAUUGUUGUUGAUCUUUGAACGAAAUGGGAGAUAUAUAACACUUAUAAAUUUGUCUCAUAAUCAACUGACCUAUGCUUAUAUCAAUAAAAGCUUGAAGAAAACGCAUUGAAUCAUGUCUAUAAAAUCG